AUGAUUACGUUCGUGGACUCGGCGGCGGGGGAGCGGGAGAGGGGGGACGGCCCGCGCUGCCUCGACCCGCAGCUCUGGCACGCCUGCGCCGGCGGCAUGGUGCAGAUGCCGCCGCCCGGCUCCAGGGUCUACUACUUCCCGCAGGGCCACGCGGAGCAUGCGCAGGGCCAGGCCGGCGCCGUCGACUUCCCGCCCGGUGCCCGGCUGCAGGCGCUCGUCCUCUGCCGCGUCGCCGCCGUCCGCUUCAUGGCCGAUCCGGACACCGACGAGGUCUUCGCCAAGAUCCGCCUCGUCCCCGCCCGGUCCCAGGACGCCGCCGACGCCGACGACGCCAUUGCCGCCGCCGCCGCGGCCCAGGAGGACAAGCCCGCCUCCUUCGCCAAGACGCUCACGCAGUCCGACGCCAACAACGGCGGCGGCUUCUCCGUGCCGCGCUACUGCGCCGAGACCAUCUUCCCGCGGCUCGACUACUCCGCCGACCCGCCCGUCCAGACCGUGCUCGCCAAGGACGUGCACGGCGUCGUCUGGAAGUUCCGCCACAUCUACCGCGGCACGCCGCGCCGCCACCUGCUCACCACGGGGUGGAGCUCCUUCGUCAACCAGAAGAAGCUCGUCGCCGGGGACUCCAUCGUCUUCAUGAGGACCGAGAACGGGGAUCUCUGCGUCGGCAUCCGCCGCGCCAAGAAGGGGCGCAUCGGCGGCCCGGAGCUGCUGCCCCCGCCCUCGCCGGCGGCGGGCGGCAAUUACGGAGGGUUCUCCAUGUUCCUCAGGGGGGAGGAGGACGGCGGCGGCAACAAGAUGAUGGGGGCGAGGGGGAAGGCCAGGGUCAGGGUGCGGCCGGAGGAGGUCGCCGAGGCGGCCAAUCUCGCCGCCAGCGGGCAGCCGUUCGACGUGCUCUACUACCCGAGGGCGAGCACGCCGGAGUUCUGCGUGAGGGCGGCCGCGGUCAGGGCGGCGAUGCGCACCCAGUGGUGCCCCGGCAUGAGGUUCAAGAUGGCCUUCGAGACGGAGGACUCGUCCAGGAUCAGCUGGUUCAUGGGGACUGUGUCGGCCGUGCAGGUGGCCGACCCCAUUCGAUGGCCCAAUUCACCUUGGAGACUUCUUCAGGUGACCUGGGAUGAACCGGACCUGCUGCAGAAUGUGAAGAGGGUGAGCCCAUGGCUGGUUGAGCUGGUCUCAAACAUGCCGGCCAUUCACCUCGCUCCGUUCUCGCCGCCCCGGAAGAAGCUCUGCGUUCCGUUCUACCCCGACCUCCCGGCCGACGGCCAGUUUCCAGCCCCGAUGUUCCACGGAAACCCACUCGGACGCCGCGGCGGCGUCGGUCCGAUGUGCUAUUUCCCGGACGGCACUCCUGCAGGCAUACAGGGAGCCAGGCAUGCUCAAUUUGGUAUACCUUUAUCAGAUCUCCACCUUAACAAACUGCAGUCGAGUCUGUCACCGCACGGGCUUCACCAGGUCGAUCACGGCGGGCAGCCGCCGAGGAUCGCCGCUGGGCUCAUCAUUGGUCACCCGGCUGCGCGAGACGACAUCUCGUGCAUGCUCACCAUUGGCAGUCACCAGAACAACAACAACAACAAGUCAGAUGUCAAGAAGGCUUCACCCCAGCUGAUGCUCUUUGGGAAACCCAUACUCACUGAGCAGCAGAUCACUUUAGGUAACUCUGGGGGUUUCUCUCCAUCUGCUGCUAGGAAGAGCUCCUCUGAAAUGAGCGCCGAGAAGUCGGCGAAUAACUCUGAUCUUCCAAGCCCGCAAAGCAACCAGAACGGCACUACGAAGAACUUGUCCUGCGGAGGAGUUCCAUUGUGCCAGGACAACAAGGUACUCGAUCUCGGGCUGGAUAUCGGGCACUGCAAGAUAUUCAUGCAAUCAGAGGACGUCGGGCGCACGCUUGAUCUCACCGCUGUUGGUUCUUAUGAAGAGUUAUAUCGCCGGCUUUCUGACAUGUUCGGCAUGGAAAAAGCCGAGCUGAUGAGCCAUGUUUUCUACCGUGAUGCAGCCGGGGCGCUCAAACACACUGGAGAUGAACCUUUCAGCGACUUCACGAAGACGGCGCGUAGGCUGACGAUACUUACGGACACGAGCGGCGACAGCAGCGUAGCGAGCUAA